AUGGGCAACGACGGUGCAACCCAGCCUGCCAUGGGCAUGCCAAAUUUCAUGGUUGACUUCUUGAUGGGUGGCGUGUCCGCCGCCGUCUCCAAAACCGCCGCCGCUCCAAUAGAACGGAUCAAACUCCUUCUUCAGAACCAGGAUGAGAUGAUCAAAGCUGGCCGCCUCAGCCGCAAGUACGAUGGCAUUGUCGACUGCUUCAGCCGCACCAUCAAGGCCGAAGGCAUCGCAGCUCUCUGGAGAAGCAAUGGCGUCAACGUUGUCCGCUACUUCCCUACUCAGGCCUUGAACUUUGCCUUCCGCGAUACUUACAAGAGUUUAUUCGCCUUCAAAAAAGAUCGCGACGGGUACCUGAAGUGGAUGGCCGGUAAUUUGGCCUCUGGUGGAUUCGCCGGUGCGACUUCCCUCGUUUUCGUCUACUCUCUCGAUUACGCCCGUACCCGCCUGGCCAACGACGCAAAAGCUGCCAAAGGGCUUGGAGAGCGCCAAUUUACCGGUCUCAUCGACGUAUACAAGAAAACUUUGGCUACAGACGGUAUGGUCGGGCUCUAUCGCGGCUUUGGUCCGUCAGUUCUCGGCAUCGUGGCUUAUCGGGGCGUUUACUUCGGCAUGUACGAUUCCCUCAAGCCUGUUUUGCUCGUGGGCGCUCUUGAAAACAGUUUCCUGGCGUCCUUCUUGCUCGGCUGGGGUGUAACUGUUGGUGCUGGCAUUGUGUCGUAUCCUAUCGAUACUGUCCGUCGCCGGAUGAUGAUGACGUCGGGAGAGGCUGUCAAAUACAGCUCCUCGUUUGACGCUGCCCGCCGGAUCGCCGCCACAGAGGGAUACCGUUCCUUCUUCAAGGGAGCUGGUGCUAACAUCCUUCGUGGCGUCGCCGGUGCAGGUGUGCUGUCCAUUUAUGAUCAAGUUCAACUACUUGUUUUCGGAAAGAAAUUCAAAGGUGGCUCUGGAUAA